ACCGGACCGGUUAUAGCAGAGGCAGUAGCUUUCGCUGGUGGUCAUUAAAUUAAACUCUAGUUAGUAUCCAGAGCGCCUUUCCCAAUGGAGGAGCGUCUACAGCGGACCGGUUGCCUUCGGAAAUCUUUUGAGAGAAUACAUAUUUUUCAUUGGACCUCCUCUCUCCCGAUGUAAGGAUCUACUUUUUGAAAGGACUAGUUUAACUUCCACACCUUCGCAGCACCCGCGUUAUCGCACCGAUACCCCUCUGAUGUCCGCCCGGUAGCAGCAACAACCGCAGCUUCCCCAGACACCCAUCGCGUGCCACUUGCCAAUGCAAACCAAGCAUAAGUGGGGAGAAGCGCUCCGUAGGUCUCCCUCCUCCAUGGCCUCUUUUCCCUCCAUCCCAUCCCCCCUUCCCCUCCUCUCCCUCUUCCUCCUCCUCUCCAUCCCUCCAGUGGCUCCUAUCCAGCCCCAAUGGCCCCUGCAACGCGUGCCUGUGGUCUUACCCCAGGUGACAGAGGACCGACCCGCCCCUCACUUCCAGGCUGACGCCCGAUUGGACGUCACCUCCCCAUGUGACCCAGAAUGCCACAAGAAGGCUCUUCCCCCCAGCUACUGGGACCUGCGUAGCAUCCUGUCAUACGAGACACUCCAUAGCAACGGUCGCCUCACCGAAACCGCCGUGGGGAUCUACGGGUACACCGCCCGCACCCAGACCACGCCGGCACUGCCUUCCCGACGCAAACGUCAGAUCUUUGGCCAUGACGGGCGUUUCAGCAUUGUAGGGCAAGACUUCCUGUUGAACUACCCAUUCUCGGCAGCGGUCAAGCUGUCCACCGGGUGUUCCGGAACACUGGUGGGCGACCGGCACGUUCUGACCGCCGCCCACUGCGUCCACGACGGGAAGAACUACGUGAAAGGGGCGCAAAAGCUCCGGGUGGGUUUCCUGAAGCCAAAGCAGCGUGACUCUCCCAAUCCGGCCUCUGCCACCAAUGCAUCCAACACCCAUCCAUCACCCCCAGAUAAGAUGAAGUUCCAGUGGAUUCGUGCCAAGCGCACCCACGUGCCCAAAGGCUGGAUCAAGGGCAACGGCAACGACAUCGGAAUGGACUACGACUACGCCUUGUUAGAGCUCAAGAAGGCCCAUAAACGGCGCCACAUGAAGCUGGGCGUCUCCCCGCCGGCGAAGCAGCUGCCCGGGCGCAGGGUCCAAUUCUCCGGCUAUGACAACGACCGGCCGGGCCAGCUGGUCUACCGGUUCUGCCGGGCUGGAGAGGAGACGCCAGACCUGCUCUACCAGCACUGUGACGCCCAGCCCGGGGCCAGCGGCUCGGGGAUCUACGCUCGUAUGUGGGACCGGAGGAGGCGGCGCUGGGAGAGGAAGGUGAUCGGGGUGUUCUCAGGGCACCAGUGGGUGGAUCGAGACGGGGCGUCGCAAGAGUUUAACGUGGCGGUGAGGGUGACGCCUCUGAAAUACGCCCAGAUCUGCUACUGGAUCAAAGGAAACUAUGUAGACUGCCGAGAAGGAUGAGGAAGAAGUGGACAUGUCAUGCACAUACUGUACACACACACACAGAGGAUUGAUGGAGGACAAAGGGGGUCUUCACUUCCCUUGCUGAGGAAGUUGACAAGUGGACACGUCAUUCACACACAUGCAGAACACACUUCAUCAUGCAUUAAUACUGUUUCAUUACUAAUACAUACCAUCCUUCUGCAUGCAGAGACAUCCCUCCCAACACACAACUAGAACGACUCACAUUUACAUCCAGGAAGUCCUACUGUACAUACAUACAUCCUCACUAACCUUUUCCAUCGUACAUUAGAUCAAAUGUAAAACAUGUAUCCGUGCCCUUCUUACUGCAUGAUCAACACUGUGCUUUGAAACACAACUGAAAGGUGUUAUGACUGAGCUUCAGAAGAUGGCUUUGACCAGGGACUCCCUGUACUUUAGAAGAUGGCUUUGACCAGGGAUUCCCUGGACUUCAGAAGAUGGCUUUGACCAGGGACUCCCUGUACUUUAGAAGAUGUCUUUGACCAGGGACUCCCUGUACUUUAGAAGAUGGCUUUGACCAGGGAUUCCCUGUACUUUAGAAGAUGGCUUUGACCAGGGAUUCCCUGUACUUUAGAAGAUGGCUUUGACCAGGGACUCCCUGUACUUUAGAAGAUGGCUUUGACCAGGGAUUCCCUGUACUUUAGAAGAUGGCUUUGACCAGGGAUUCCCUGUACUUUAGAAGAUGGCUUUGACCAGGGACUCCCUGUACUUUAGAAGAUGUCUUUGACCAGGGACUCCCUGUACUUUAGAAGAUGGCUUUGACCAGGGAUUCCCUGUACUUUAGAAGAUGGCUUUGACCAGGGACUCCCUGUACUUUAGAAGAUGUCUUUGACCAGGGACUCCCUGGACCAGCGUGUUAUGACUGAGCUUCAGAAGAUGUCUUUGACCAGGGACUCCCUAUACUUUAGAAGAUGGCUUUGACCAGGGACUCCCUGUACUUUAGAAGAUGGCUUUGACCAGGGACUCCCUGUACUUUAGAAGAUGGCUUUGACCAGGGACUCCCUGUACUUUAGAAGAUGGCUUUGACCAGGGAUUCCCUGGACUUUAGAAGAUGGCUUUGACCAGGGACUCCCUGUACUUUAGAAGAUGGCUUUGACCAGGGACUCCCUGUACUCUAGAAGAUGACUUGGACCAGGGACUCCCUGGACUUUAGAAGAUGACUUGGACCAGGGACUCCCUGGACCAGCGUGUUAUGACUGAGCUUUAGAAGAUGGCUUUGACCAGGGACUCCCUGUACUUUAGAAGAUGGCUUUGACCAGGGACUCCCUGUACUUUAGAAGAUGGCUUUGACCAGGGACUCCCUGGACCAGCGUGUUAUGAUGGUGAAGAGAACAUUUAAUGCACUGAAAGAAAGGAUGAAAUAGGAGGAACAAGAAGAUGUGUAAGAGAUUGGUGGAGAGACAGAUGCAGUUUCACUGCUAAUUCUAUAGAUUGUCAGAGCUCUGUUGGGACAACUUUUUCUUCUUCUGUUAUUGCCAAUGAAUGUAACCCUGUCAUCAACCAAAGGUGCUACCCUGCUCUUAAAAAAUGUCAACUCAAGGUAUAGACUGUCACAGUACAAACAGUUGGUGUUUCAAAUGGACCCAAGUAAAAUAUCCAUAGCUCCCUCUGCUGGGCCAAAUACAACACUACUACAGGCCACUUUGAUGACAGCAGAGUGUUGACUCUGGAACACUGACCCUCAACUACUCAUGAUAUGCACUUUGUCAAACCUUAUGGGUGAGCUAUUUUUCUGUUUCAAAAACAAUUGUGCAGCAAUAUAUAUAUAUAUAUCAACUUUAUAAUGCUUUGGAAUAAAAUGCAUAAUGCAG